AUGGUUGUGUUUAAAAGAAAGACAAGAUUUAGUCGGAGAAGUGUUACACCACUAGUAGAUUAUAAAGAGAAGGAAGUCUCAGAUCUAACACCAGAUGUCCUUAACAGUGAUUCCGAUACAGCUGUUAGAGAUGGAAACGAUGCUAUUAAUGAACCAAUAUGGUUACAUGACGAUUUGAAUUUGGACUCUGAUAUCCAACUUGAUUCAGAUGCUGAUACUGGUGGAAAUGGUAAUAACGAUGAUGAUGAAUCUUUAGAUAAUUUAUUGAAAAGCAAAAAUGAAAGAGACAAAGAGCACCAGGAUGAUGAUAAUAGCGGUGCUGACAAUACUGAUGAAUCUGAUACCAAAGCUGUCUCUUUGAAGUUGAAAAAACUAAACGAGUUCGUUACGCAAAGUCAGGUAUAUUCUGGUAUUAUUGCAGAUACACUAUUAAAGAGAACUAAUGAAUUAGAACAAGAAAAAAAUACUGCAGACCCUAUAACGGGAGAAGAAGACAACAUUGAAGAACCACCGAAAAAGAAAGCUAAGACAUCGAUCUUGGAUUUUUUCCGUAAGAAAGAAAAAAAGGAAAUCAAAGAAGAAGUAGAUAGUAAGGAAGUAUUAGAUGAUGAAACAAUUUCUAAAGAGCAACCACAUCUUCUUAAAAACUGUAUACUGAAGCCAUACCAAUUAGAAGGUUUAAAUUGGUUAAUUACAUUGUAUGAAAACGGUUUGAAUGGUAUCCUUGCCGAUGACAUGGGGUUGGGUAAAACCAUUCAAAGUAUUGCGCUCUUGGCGUUCAUCUACGAAAUGGAUACUGAAGGUCCCUUCUUAAUUGCUGCACCCUUAAGUACAAUUGACAACUGGAUGAAUGAAUUUCAAAAAUUUGCACCUGACCUACCCGUAUUAAAAUACUACCAUCAUGGUGGUCAAAAUGAUCGUACCAAACUAUUAAGAAAAUUCUUCAAGAAAACAAAUGGGACAGGCAUUAUAGUUACAUCAUAUGAAAUUAUAAUUAGAGAUUCCGAUUUUAUCAUGUCGAAAAAUUGGAAAUUCUUAAUAGUCGAUGAAGGCCAUAGGUUAAAGAACAUUAAUUGUAAAUUGAUUAAAGAGUUGAAGAAAAUAAAUACAUCAAACAAGUUGUUAUUAACAGGUACACCAUUACAAAACAAUCUUUCUGAGUUAUGGUCACUCUUAAACUUUAUUAUGCCAAAUAUUUUUGCUGAUUUUGAGAUAUUCAGUAAAUGGUUUGAUUUUGAAGGAUUGAAUUUACAAAGUAACUCUAUGAAAUUAAAUAAAAUGAUUAACGAUGAGUUACAAAAAAAUUUGAUUUCUAAUUUACAUACAAUUUUGAAGCCGUUUCUUUUAAGGCGAUUAAAGAAAACAGUGCUAGCUGAUAUUCUACCGCCCAAACGAGAGUAUGUAGUCAAUUGUCCAUUGACUUCAAUUCAAAAGAAAUUCUAUACAAGAGGUUUGACAGGUAAAUUAAAGAAGACAAUAUUCAAAGAAUAUGUCAAAACCUUUUUCACAAUGAACGCGGAAUACAUUGGAAAAGUUUCCAACAAAUCAAUCAGGGAAUUUAUUGAUUGUAAGUUAGGGGAAGAUGAGACGUUGGAUAUCGAUGAUAUGAAUGAUACAUUAAAAAGCAUGGAUCUACUAUAUCAAAAACAUAUUCAUCCAUAUUUAGUAAAUAAAAGAUUACAAAAUAUGAUGAUGCAAUUACGUCAAAUUGUUGAUUCUACAUUGAUAUUUUACUUUCCUUAUUUACAUCCGGAGGAUUUAACUUUAGAAAUUCUUUUAAAAUCAAGUGGUAAAUUGCAAACUCUUCAGAAAUUGAUAAUUCCUUUAAUUAAAGCUGGUCAUAAGACUCUAAUAUUUUCUCAAUUUACCAAUAUGCUGGAUUUACUAGAAGAUUGGUGUGAGUUAAAUUCGCUAAGGGCUCUCAGAAUAGAUGGUUCCGUUGAUACGGAAUCGAGGAAAGAUUUAAUAGAACAAUUUAAUAAGAAAUCAGGUAAGAAACAAGCACAAGUAUUUCUCUUGUCAACCAGGGCGGCAGGUUUGGGUAUAAACUUAACUGCAGCAGACACAGUUGUCUUAUUCGAUAGUGAUUGGAAUCCUCAAGUUGAUUUACAAGCCAUGGAUCGAUGUCACAGAAUUGGUCAGGAAAAACCAGUAAUAGUGUAUAGAUUAUGUUGUGAUAAUACUUUAGAGCAUGUUAUAUUAACUAGAGCAGCAAAUAAAAGGAAAUUGGAAAGAUUGGUCAUUCAAAUGGGUAAAUUCAAUACAUUGAAAAAAUUGGCAUUAAACGAAGGUUCAUUUUUGAAUCAAGCUAAAACUGAACAUACUUCAAACAAAGAACUAGUAGAAGAACUUUCGCAACUAUUAAUGAGCAAUCAAUCCAGUAUUGGUUUUACCCGUGCAAAUGAUAAAAUUAGUGAAGAGUUAUCUGAUGAAGAGAUCAAAGAAUUGACUGAUCGAUCAUUGGAGGCAUAUAAACCAGAUCGCCAAGUUGAUCUACCACAUGUUCGGUUAUUCGAAACUACAUCAGGGUUUUAA